GUCUGUCAGUCUGGCACAAAGACGGUCCGCGUGCCCAACCUUAACUGAGUCUAUGUUAGUGAACACUGCAAACGUCACACGAUCGUUUCAGUCGACGACCGGCGUUUGGUUCGUGCGCACGUGUCUUUUUCUAUGUAAUACCAAACUAAUUGUUCAGUUCGUUAACCGAAUCGAUCAUUGGUGUUAAUUAUUUAUACUUGUGUUUUGUGAAAAUAAAAAAUCAUUAAGUUGUUGGUUAUACGUUGUAUAUUAGAGAGUCUAGAAUCAGUUAAUUGUCACGGUACUAAAGUGUCCAAAAGAAGAUUUAAUUUCAAAACUGACUAUUUGCUUGAUGAUAACGACACAACACGUUCGUCCAAGUAUGAUACGUCCAAUGCGAAGUCACUCCAAUACCGAUGUUGUAGACUAACUGAGUGAACCCGCAUCAUGUUGAACACUGCGGAAAACGAUAUAAAGAGUUCAAAUGCAAUGCCGAACUUAAAAUUUAUUAGCAUUAUUUCACUUUGAGUUGUCAUGAAAACAAAAUUAAAAUAAACUUAAAUGUUUGAUUAUAACGAGCGAACAUUUUAAUUGAAUCAACCAACGAGAACACCUUUAUAUAAAAUUUGUAAUAUAUAAGUCUUAUUCCAUAAUGGCGUUGUGUAGAAAUUUGUGAAAACUAAAAUUUUUUAAAAGAUUCGAUUUUGCAUUGUUAAACAAAUAAUAAAUACCCAAGAAACACGGAUAUUUUAAUAUUCAUAUAAUUUUACUUGAAUAAACUAAAAGAAAAUUACAAUGACGGGAAGUUGGAGAAAAAUAAUGUGAAGAAGUGGUAUAUAUCAUUGAAAACAAAACUUUAAGUAUUGCCGUGUCCCUCUUUCUUUUCCAUCUUGACAAGAUGCAUCAAAACUAGUGUAGGAAAGUGGAACUUUCAUUAAGUCGAUUUUGGGAUUAAAAUGACGGACGGUCGAAUGAGUGGGGCGCAGAAAACAUGCUGAGGAAAGUAAACAUCAGCAAACAAACGGAAGUUCGAACUCGGUUACCAACGGUGUGACCAUAACAACUACUGCUUUAACAAGUUUGAACGGUGGCACGGCCGCAAUGAUUUCCAGAGAAUGUGCCAACUGCGGCAAGCGAAUCACUGAGCGAUUUUUGCUCAAAGCGCUGGACUUGUUCUGGCAUGAAGAUUGUCUCAAGUGUGGCUGCUGUGACUGCCGAUUGGGCGAAGUGGGGUCUACGUUGUAUACCAAGGCCAACUUAAUACUGUGCAAAAGAGAUUACUUAAGGUUGUUUGGUGCAACUGGUAACUGUGCAGCUUGUAACAAAGUAAUUCCUGCUUUUGAAAUGGUGAUGAGAGCUAAAAACAAUGUCUACCACCUAGAAUGUUUUGCUUGCCAACAGUGUAAUCACAGGUUUUGCGUAGGUGAUCGUUUCUAUUUAUGUGAAAACAAAAUUUUGUGUGAAUACGACUACGAAGAACGACUCGUGUUCGCUAAUAUGGCUACUUAUAAUUCUUCCAGUCUAGCGCAAAUAAGAAGGCAAGUCAGUAGAUUACAGCCAGCGGCAAACGGCAACGCCGACCCAACAGCAACAAGAAACGUUGUAGGACACACUACCGAGGUGGAAGGAAUCACCUCUAAGCCUACAGCCGCUACAAUCGAGCGUUGUAUGCAAGUGCCUCAAAAGCCACAAAAACCGGAAACUGUCGAUCAACACCAGCAACAACAUUACUUGCUGUCUGCAAGUCAGUCAGUGUCGUCCAUUGGAGGAACUCCGACGACGACUACGGCGUCCGUUGUCGAUGACGGAUCAAGUGGUUACGGUAGUCCGGACUCGGAAACUUUACUUGAAUCGACAGCCAUCGUUUCUACCGUCGUCGCAACGGCAACUGCUUCGACCACAUCAGUAUAAUAAAGCUUUACAGCUUUUCUAACAUCAACGGAUGCUGUGGCUAUCGCUGAUGGAUCGCUUAGAUCAAUUGUUGGUGAGCGAUAAGGAUUAACAUUCAUUCCAUUACACAGUCAGCAAUAAUAACAAGAAUAUAUUUUCACAUGUAAAUAAUUUCUAUUUGCUCCGUAUCGUUCUAGUCCAAACGAUGCCAAAUUUACUACUUGUUAUAUAAUUUAAUGUAUUAUGUUGUAUUUAUAUUGAAAUACUAAUGUUAAUUUUUUUUUUUCUGUUUUUGUUUUGUUAUCUUUAAUUUUAUUGUGUUAUUAUUAUUAUUAUAAAGAUCGGAGAAAACAUGUAUAUAAAUUGUAUUAUCAAACAAAUCAUCCCUAUAUUUU